AUGUAUAUUACAGACGAGAGUAUACCAGCAGACGACACUGUCCACGGCAACCUUCUUGAAAUGUCAAGAAUGUUCAAGAAGGGAUAUGAGCUAAAAGAAGUCAACAGUAAAGCGAAAGAAAAGGCAGAAAGUCUCUUCUUAAAGCACAGUAUGGUGGUCAUUGUUGGACCAACUGAAAGUGGAAAAACGAGCCUUUCAUUUAAGUUGUUGUCCUCGUACGACCUCAGCAAUGGAGAAGAUAAUUUUCUCGUUAUCUCUAACCCAUGCGAGUUGAAGUAUAUCAAGUUCUCGUUACGUCCGGUUAUCAUAAUCAAAAUUUAUGAACAAGCGAGUAAUUUGUACAGUCAGUUUGACAGACUGUAUGCAGCGGUAAAGGCACGCCAGGUAGCCGUUAUCACAACUAUAGGGUUGAAGACGUUUCAAAUGAUGCCGGCAAAUAUGCUGUCACAUCCAGUCUUAGAGCAUGUUGUGCGCAUGCCAGGAAGUGAAGGUUUGAAUGAAGGAGUACCCGAAAAAAGAAUGAAAAUUGUUGAUAGAAAAAUUGAGCGAAUGAAAGGUAAAACAUAUUCAUUUAUUACACUUAUUGUAAACAAAUAUAAAUAGUAUGACUUAUUAUAAUUUAUUUAUGUUUGUUUAAAGUCACAGCGACAUCCGUGGCAAAACGUCUUCAUGUUUUCAAAAGCUUAGUACUCGAACUUUGCUGGACAGGUUACCUUUUUGAAAGAGGCAAAAUUUCCCUAGACGUAAGUGACAAGAAGUAAGAAACACAGGGCAUUUAAAGACGUUUUCGGUAGUUUUUUUGUGCGCAUCG